AUGCCAACAUACCUCCUCCACGGCUUCCGCUGGCCUCGACAGCUCAUCCGAAUCCACAUCAUCCUCCAGAACCUCGACGACGCGGCAGCAGAAUGGCUCGUAGCGCCCAAGACCACUCUCGCCCUGCUCAAGAACUUCAACCAGCUGUAUCCAGAAUGCAUGGAGCACCUGACGCGGAUGCGGUUCGUGGAGCAAUACGAUCCGAAUGAUUCGUCGGCGAGCGCGACAAGCCAGCCGUUCGCGUAUGUCGCGGACAUGGUAGAGGAAGUGAAGCUGGGAGUGGAUAUUGAUGAGAUAAGAGGGAGAGGGUUGAACAAUGACCAGUGGACUGCGAUUAUGGAGUUGAGGGAUAAGCUGGCGCCGGAGGAGAAGGUGGGAUGGUAUAUUGUUGUGUGUGGGGAUGAGGAGAGGGCGGUGCCGCCUGAGUUUAUCGAGGAUGAGAGGAGUAGUGAGGCGAGUGGGUCACAUCGAAUGAGCGAUGAUCCGAGUAGUCAACCGAACGGGUCUGAGGGCAAGCCACCAAGACCACCAGAACAACCCAAAGGGCUGAAGAAGCUCUUCCCAUCCAUGCGGCUUGGCCGGCGAAAGAGCCGCGGCCAAGUCGACGACCGCACGACAUCCAGAUCACGCUCGCGAAACACCCAACCCAUCACCACUGAUGCGAAGCCGCCACCUAUACCGGGUACGAACGCCUGA